AUGGUUUGGAGAAUAUUAAUACUUAUUUAUUUUCACUACAAUUUUGGUGAUAUCACAUCCUAUAAUGGCGGCGCAUUGGUUGCCAUGAUGGGAGAAGGAUGUGUAGCUAUCGCAUGUGAUAAGAGACUUGGACUAAACCAACAAGUUACAGUUAGCUCAAACUUCCCAAAGGCGUUUAAAGUAACUGAAUCAUGUUUUUUUGCAGCCUCAGGACUGGCAACAGACGUUCAAACACUGAAGGAUGAAAUAAUGUUCAAGGUUAACAUGUAUAAACUGAGAGGAGAUAAGGAAAUGAGUGUUAAAACUCUUUCAAACAUGGUUGGAUCGAUGCUCUAUUCAAGGCGUUUUGGGCCUUGGUUUGUGGACUCAGUGAUUGCGGGAUUAGAUACUGAUAGUUCCCCUUAUAUCACAUGUUUUGAUCUUGUCGGAGCGCCCUGUACACCAACAGAUUUUGUCGUUGCCGGUACUUGCUCAGAACAACUUUACGGUGUUUGCGAAGCUCUAUUCAAGCCAGGAAUGGAUCCAGAACAACUUUUUGAAACUGUUUCACAAUGUUUAAUGGCUGGAAUUGAUCGAGAUUGCCUUUCAGGUUGGGGUGCCGAAGUCCAUGUUAUCACUCCCGAUCGAGUAAUUUCAAGAUCAUUAAAAACCAGAAUGGACUAA